AUGAACUUCGGUUGCGCUUCUUCAAACUGCCUUUGUUGCUUCUGCACGGAUUCACGGAUUGACACACAGGAUCGAGGCUUUUGCCCAAGUUUCCCGGGUUGGUUUUGUUCUUGUCGCGUGAUUAUUUUUAUUUCUUUGCCAUACACUCCUGGUAAACUAACUUAUUGGGUAGCGAGACCACUACACUCUUACCUCCAGAAGUUUGUGAAUAAGGGGAUAGGAAUAUGUUCAAAACGUCUGAGGCAUACCCUAUUGAGCAAGUAUAGUUCAAUCGCUGGCCGAACGACUGAACCAAACGCAUCCUUGAAGCUAAGGAAUACCAGGAUGUUUUCGCGUGUCACCAUGAGACAGAAUGUAAUCGGUUUGAAAGCGACUUCUGCCUCUCGAUUUUCCCUGUCUAGGCUAAGGCAACUUGGAAGUAUCGCGGCUCUCGUGCUUCCUUCGGGUGGCAAGGCGGCCAGGCUCCGAAAUGGUAUUAGAUCUGAACGUGGUUAG